AAUCUGAACCAUCUCUAAAAAAAAUUCGGAUUCUAGUCUAGUGGCUGAGAUCAACCCAAAACCACUGGUUCUUCUUUCUUCUUCCUCUUGCUCCUCUCGUCUUCGCGCGCUUAGGCGACUUCACAGCAACAAAGGCUAAAAUGCGAGUGUCAGUUUCAUCUCCGCCUCGUCUUCAAUCUCCGUUCAUUCACUCCCCCGUCAGUUACACUCAGUCUCCUUCCCGUCUCCGGUCGCCGGCAACAUGUUAUCCACGAAUCAAAGCAGAAGUCGACACGAACACGGUAAUCGCAAUCUCUGUAGGCGUGGCCAGCGUCGCAUUGGGCAUCGGAAUCCCUGUCUUCUACGAGACACAAAUCGACAAUGCCGCUAAGCGAGAGAAUACUCAACCUUGUUUUCCCUGCAAUGGAACCGGAGCUCAGAAAUGUAGAUUGUGUGUGGGAAGUGGUAACGUUACAGUAGAGCUUGGUGGGGGAGAGAAGGAAGUCUCCAACUGUAUCAACUGUGAUGGUGCUGGUUCCUUAACUUGCACUACUUGUCAAGGCUCUGGUCUUCAACCUCGUUACCUUGAUCGAAGGGAGUUUAAGGACGAUGACUAAACAUUUUUCACUACAGAAUCAUAUCAAAGGUGUCUCUUUCUCCCUUAUGUGUAAUUUACUACAUCUGUACAAUACUCUUUUGUUUUGUCUUCACCAAAACAUGUGAGAUAUCAUGACUUGGAAACUGAAACAGUUGAAAGAAAACCCAUUUCUGUUGUAA